AUGGGAGAAGAAGUGGAUCGUCCUCCCUUGGAGAUCAGCGUGAGAAUGCCUGCUACUAAGAGUGCUAGUAAGAAUGCUACCUGUAUUAAUAAUAAUACCCUUCAGAUCGACGGAUUGACAGAAGAUGUGCUGGUGGAUAUUUUCCAGUUUUUGGGUGCAGAAGGUACCAGCAAGUGUUCCAUGGUUUCUCGGCACUGGAAUCAAGUGGUCCAAGACAGCCGUUGCCUUUGGCAUGUCUUUGCUCAGGAGGAUUUUGGGUAUCUUACCACCAAGGGAAUGAAUAACCAGGUACUAGUAGACUGGAGAGGCGUCUACCAGUACUUGGCAGAGCAGCGCAAAGCCUUGAAAGAAGAUCAGAAGAAUCACGGCUUGAAGCCCCUCAAUCCCAGGGUAGUUUUUUCAGAUGAUGGAUCUCCUGUGCCUGGCUAUCCUCCUGAAAAUGCCAUCAGAUUGGCACAGAAAGGGUCACUCUUUAACAAGGCUUGGUGUACCAAUUCACAGGUGGAUCAUGACGUGGAUCUGGUACUAGAGCUACCUGCCCCAAGUCUCAUUGCUGCCUUUGAAGCUGCCAAUGGAGGAUACUUCUACUCGGCUCCUCUCCAUCAAGCUCUGGUCUUCACUUCCAAUACACCCAUUGAUAUUGAACAAGCCAGACAGUUCAAUGGAAAAAAGGGAGCCCAAUGGGCCAACAGCAUGACUCUAGAUGAUCACCCCACCAUUAUUCGACAAGUACAGCAAUACACGGAAAAACACAAACACACUCAUCAACCAACAAAUCUACCCAUUGCUGCUUUUAACUUCCCCCCUCCUCCUUCUGGAUUCAAUGCUAGGCAACAAAAACUUUUGCCCAAAAUCAUUGUGGCUAGAUACAUUCAUUUCAAGCUGCUCAAUUCACACAAGUCUCCCGAUGGACGUCUCGCUGAUAACAUUGAUGUCAAGGAUCUACUUACGUUGGGAACCGAACUACCACUACUCGACAAGUUGCUGCAACUGCAGUCGUCGUCCGAAGAAGAACCGCAACAGCCCAAUAAUCAUGAUCCCAGCUACAAACGACUUCAUGCCAUUCGAGAAUACAAUCCACCCAAUCCAAAUGAAUGGUGGUAA